GCGAAUCGGUCAGUCUGCAGAAGAGCGCGGUACGAGCAACAUCGAACCACAACCCUGAAGACGGAACGUGCAAGUGUUCCGAAACGUUGGAGAACUAGUCAAGACAUCCAAGUGGGAAUAACCUCAAGUCAUGUAAAAAUGAAACUCUUACGUUUGCUAAUAUCAUUUGGCUUAAUAAGUGUUUCGGUAGCUGAUGAUCGAAAGGAAUAUUAUAGCGUAGUCAUAAAUACAAGCAUGCAAAUUAUAUUAGCAAAAGAACAAAUGGACAAAGUCAUGUUGGCGUUUGCUAAAAGAGAAUAUCCAAUUGAUGAUUUUUAUUAUAUGUUUAUUUUCAUACCGGAUUGGCGACCCUAUAGCCCACCAAUAAAGCAGGAAGUUCAGCUUAAAGCGCAAAAAUUAAUUGAGGAUGCGACUGCUAUCAAAGCACCUGAGGCAGCCGAAGUCUUGUAUGGUCCAAACUUUAAGUUGUCAGAUUAUGAAGCUAUAAGAAAAAGAUUGGUAACAAGAGAACUUAUAAGAGAAUUAAUCAAAACUGAAAUGGAUAAAAAUCGAAGAUCAGCACGACCAAUAAAAUAUUUCAUGGAUCUUCCAUAUACGUGCCGAUUAAUAGCAAUGUUCAAAACUAUUGCAAACCCAGAUGCAUGUAUAGUAGAAGCCAAUGUUAUUAUUGUCGACACCGCUCAUAUUUGUCAUCUAAAAGAUUUAAAAGGAAAUCUCAUCAGAUACAGAACCAUAGGAGGCAUUAUUUGGAGAGAUAAACCUGAUAAGAAUGAAACAGAUGUGACACUAGCUUCUGAGUUAGAUGAUUUUGAACAGAAGUUAUAAGAAUACAUUAUUUUACAUCACUAUUGGUAUUACAUUUAAAUAUUUUUUGUACACUGCACUAAUAUUCACGUUGUCGAUAAAUGUAAUGUAUUCAAUAAUAAAGAGUUUCAAUCACUACUAUAAA